ACAUAUCAUCCAUGCAAAUAGCAGCACAAUGGAGCGGAGCAAUAAUGGUGGCGCAACCACGCUUGAAAACGACCACCACUUGUUUGACAAGCCCUUAGCCAAUCGACGAGCUGCCUUCCCUGUGCCUGUCGCCAGGCGGCCCAAUGGCAACGUGGCGGAGGCGUUCCUUCAGUCAGGCUAGGGUGUUCUUGCAGGGUGUCUUGUGCUAAACUUCACCAAAUAAUAGCUGUUUGUAUUUUGGCUGCAGCAGUGGCCAUUUUAGUGGGAAUGGGCGCCCCCAUGCUGUAGAAUUCGGUGGUGCAUGUACCCGGUAGAUCGUGUUACCUGCAUCUGACAUCAUAGAAGAUGUUGAUGGAGACGUCGUUGCACAGUCGUGAGUUAAAAUCCCGGAGUAGAUUCUGCUGCUGUCUUCUUCACCACUAAGAAGCUUCCUGAAAUUAAAGGCAGGGGAGGGGGCAAGACACAGGAGGCGGAGUAAUGAAAGGAGCAGCGGUGCUAUGACAUGACGGACUGGUGAAGGGCGGGUGAUGAGGGAAGAGAGAAGGUGCACAACCAUAAUUUAUGAUAAUGAAAAUACAGAAGCAAGACCAACAGCUGCCCAGUCUGAAAGCACUUAGCUACUCACCAAUGUCCAGUGCCUCGAUACCUUGCGAACACCCCAUCCUGCCAUCGUUUUCAGAAUCCACCCCCCAAGAUUUCCACUCAGUGACACUUCUAGAUCCCACCUCUCCCCUAUUAGAUGAUUCCGAUCUAUACCCGAACUCUGGGCAGGAAGAUUGCUUGCCUGUUCAAGUGACCAGCAUCAAUGGGAUGGAGAAUAGCGGAGGAGGGGGGACCGGGGUAAAGAAAAAACGUAAAAAAAAGGAGCCAGGGGAGGAAAAGGAGGCUAAACCAAAGAAAAAGAAGGAGCCCAAGAAAGUCAAAGAGCCUAAAAAGGUCAAGGAGCCCUCAGAGGCCAAGAUCCCAAAGGAACAAAAGCAGCUGAAGAGUCCCAAGGAGCCGAAGAAGCCUAGGAAACCUCGUGAACCUAAACCACCUAAAGAGAAAAAAGCCAAUCAGGACUCGGCUGCAAAGACCAAACCCAAGAAAACAAGCAAAGAGCAGGGACCAACACCAGUGGAGAAGAAGAAAAAGGGUAAGAGGAAAGCAGAGUUCUCUGAAGAGAGCUUGGAUGGAGAAUCAUCUUUGCUGAACCCAGCAUCUCAAAGCACAGAGGAGUCAACUGAAUCUCUGGACAGCCAGAAGCGCAGAUCAGGGCGCCAGGUGAAGAGGCGAAAGUAUAAUGAAGACUUGGAUUUCAAAGUGGUGGAUGAUGAUGGAGAAACCAUUGCUGUUUUGGGAGCUGGAAGAGCUUCAGCAUUGUCGGCUUCCACUAUGGCAUGGCAAGCAGAGGAACCCCCUGAGGAUGAUGCCAAUAUAAUAGAAAGGAUCCUGGCUUCCAGAAUCUCUCAGAAGGAGUUUAUGCACGGAGGAAUGCCUGUGGAAGUGGAGGAAUUUUAUGUAAAGUACAGAAAUUUUUCUUACCUGCACUGUAAGUGGGCAACCCUGGAAGACCUGGAAAAGGAUCCUAGGAUCCAGCAGAAGAUCAAGCGCUUUCGAAACAAACAGGCGCAAAUGAAGCACAUCUUUACUGAGCCAGAUGAAGACAUGUUUAACCCAGACUAUGUAGAAGUGGACCGAGUGCUGGAGGUAGCUCAUACAAAGGACUCUGAUACGGAAGAGGAGGUAACACAUUUCUUGGUUAAAUGGUGUUCACUGUCGUAUGAAGAGUCCACAUGGGAACUGGAGGAGGAUGUCGAUCCAGUUAAAGUAAAAGAAUUUGAAGUGCUCCAAAAGGUUCCUGAACUCGCCCCAAUGGAACGACCGGCUUCAGAAACCUGGCAGAAACUUGUAAGUUCUCGCACUUAUAAAAACAACAACGAGCUGAGGGAGUACCAGCUAGAGGGCAUGAACUGGCUGCUCUUCAACUGGUACAACAGAAAAAAUUGCAUCUUGGCUGAUGAGAUGGGUCUGGGCAAAACGAUCCAGUCCAUCACCUUUCUCUCGGAAAUCUUCUUUAUGGGCAUCAGGGGCCCCUUUCUUAUAAUUGCUCCUCUUUCCACUAUUACCAACUGGGAACGGGAGUUCCGAACAUGGACAGAGAUGAACACCGUUGUCUACCAUGGUAGCCAGAUCAGCCGCCAGAUGAUCCACCAGUAUGAGAUGCACUAUAGAGAUGAACAGGGAACACCCAUUCCAGGAUUCUACAAGUUCCAUGUUGUGAUCACCACGUUUGAAAUGAUUCUGGCAGACUGUCCAGAGCUGAAGAAGAUCCGGUGGAGCUGUGUGAUCAUAGACGAAGCACAUCGUUUGAAGAAUAGAAAUUGUAAGCUUCUGGAGGGAUUAAAACUGAUGGCUCUGGAGCACAAGGUCCUCCUCACUGGGACUCCCCUUCAGAAUUCUGUAGAAGAACUGUAUAGUCUGCUUAAUUUCUUGGAGCCGUUGCAGUUCCCAUCAGAAAGCACCUUUCUGGAAGAAUUUGGAGAUCUCAAAACAGAGGAACAGGUGAAGAAGCUGCAGUCUAUCCUUAAGCCAAUGAUGCUUCGAAGGCUGAAAGAUGACGUGGAAAAAAACUUAGCUCCCAAACAGGAGACUAUCAUUGAGGUAGAACUGACCAACAUCCAGAAGAAGUAUUACCGGGCCAUCCUUGAGAAAAACUUCACAUUCCUGACCAAAGGGGCCAACCAGCACAACAUGCCCAACCUUAUCAACACCAUGAUGGAGCUGCGUAAAUGUUGCAACCAUCCAUAUCUAAUAAAUGGUGCAGAGGAGAAGAUUCUGGAGGAUUUCCGCAAGCGGCAUAACCCAGACGCACUUGAUUUCCAACUCCAGGCCAUGAUCCAAGCUGCUGGAAAACUGGUGCUUAUAAAUAAACUUCUUCCCAAGCUCAUCGCAGGUGGGCAUAAAGUUCUCAUUUUCUCCCAGAUGGUGCGCUGCCUCGACAUCCUGGAAGACUAUCUUAUUCAGAGGCGAUAUACUUACGAGCGAAUUGAUGGCAGAGUUCGAGGUAAUCUCCGCCAGGCAGCUAUUGAUCGAUUCUGCAAACCAGAUUCAGACCGCUUUGUCUUCCUGCUGUGCACAAGAGCCGGAGGCUUGGGAAUUAACUUAACUGCUGCUGACACCUGCAUAAUCUUUGACUCUGACUGGAACCCACAGAACGACUUGCAGGCACAAGCUCGCUGCCAUCGCAUUGGACAGAGCAAAGCUGUCAAAGUGUAUCGUCUCAUAACCAGAAAUUCAUAUGAGCGGGAGAUGUUUGACAAAGCAAGCUUAAAGCUGGGCCUGGACAAAGCUGUACUUCAGGACAUCAACAGGAAGGGAAACACUAAUGGGGUACAGCCCCUCUCAAAAAUUGAGGUGGAAGAUCUUCUGAGAAAAGGUGCCUAUGGAGCUCUGAUGGAUGAAGAGGAUGAAGGUUCCAAAUUCUGCGAGGAAGAUAUAGAUCAGAUCCUUCAGCGAAGGACACAAACCAUCACUAUUCAGUCCGAAGGGAAGGGCUCCACAUUUGCUAAGGCCAGCUUUGUGUCUUCAGGCAAUAGAACGGACAUCUCUUUGGAUGAUCCCAACUUCUGGCAAAAAUGGGCAAAAAUUGCAGAGCUCGAUACAGAUGGUAGAAAUGAGAAGGAAAGCCUUGUGAUUGAUCGACCCCGUGUCAGGAAGCAAACCAAACACUACAACUCCUUUGAGGAUGAUGAGCUGAUGGAAUUCUCAGAACUGGAAAGUGACACGGAGGAGAGACCAACAAGGUCCCGGAGGCUGAACGACAAAACGAGGCGUUACCUCCGGGCUGAGUGCUUCAGAGUGGAGAAAAAUCUCCUCAUUUUUGGCUGGGGUCGCUGGAAAGAUAUCCUGAACCUUGGCCGCUUUAAAUGGCACUUAAACGAGAAAGACAUGGAGAUGAUCUGCAGGGCACUCUUGGUUUACUGCGUGAAACAUUACAAGGGAGAUGAGAAAAUCAAAAGCUUCAUAUGGGAUCUGAUCACCCCCACGAAGGAUGGACAUAACCAAGCACUUCAGAAUCAUUCAGGUUUAUCUGCGCCUGUUCCUCGUGGAAGGAAAGGAAAGAAAUUGAAAAACCAGAUGCUGUUGCCUGAGAUAAAGAAUGCAGACUGGCUGGCCAGCUGUAACCCAGAGAUAGUUCUGCAUGAUGACAGCUACAAGAAACAUCUCAAGCAGCACUGCAACAAAGUCCUCCUGAGAGUGCGUAUGUUGUAUUACCUCAAGGCUGAGGUAUUGGGAGAUGCUGCAAGCAAAGUUUUGGAGGGAGAAAAUGCCAAAGACCUGGAGGUAUUGUUACCAGAUAUAGAUUAUGUGGAAAUACCGGUGGACUGGUGGGAUGCAGAAGCUGAUAAAUCUCUCCUGCUUGGCGUUUACAAACACGGAUAUGAGAGGUACUUUGCCAUGCGGGUAGAUCCAGCACUUUGUUUCCUGGAGAAGGUAGGAAUGCCAGACGAGACCUUGCUCACUGCAGAUGGAGUAAAUGAUGUGGCUUCAGAAAUUGGAGAUCGGAGUGCAAUUAAGGAAGAAAAUAAUGAAGAGAAAGCAAAUGCACAACAAGAGCAGGAUACAAACGACAGCACUGGAAAGGAGGAAAAGAGAGAUGAGGAGAGCAAUAUAGUUGAGGAUAUGCAAGCCCAGGAUAGCUCUGAACCAGACAAACUGUGUUGGCCUGUAGCAUCAGCUCUUACUGCACGACUUCGCCGAUUGAUCACUGUAUACCAGCGAUGCAACCGCAGGGACCUAGCGAGGCCUGAGGUUUUGGUUUCUACCAACCACAGUUACUGGUUACAGGAGGAGAUGGCCAGAAGAGCAGAAAUGGACCCCAUCAUGAAGGAAAUGCAGAAAAGAUGGACCAGAAGAGAGCAGGCAGACUUCUACAGGACAGUGUCCUCGUUUGGUGUAAUAUAUGAUCCUGAGAAGAAGUGCUUUGACUGGACCCAGUUUCGUGCUUUGUCUCGUCUUGAUAAGAAGACCGAUGAAAGCCUAGAGAAAUAUUUCCACAGCUUCGUCGCUAUGUGCAGGAAUGUCUGCCGCCUUCCACUCAGGAAAGAUGAUGGUUCCGCUGACCCCUCUCUUUUCUUGGACCCCAUAACGGAAGAACGAGCGGCAAGAACUCUGUAUCGUAUUGAGCUACUGAGGAAGGUCAGAGAACAAGUGCUAAGGCACCCACAACUCCAUGAGUGUCUGAAACUGUGCCGACCAAGCCUUUAUCUUCCAGUGUGGUGGGAGUGCGGCAAACAUGAUAAAGAUCUACUGAUAGGCACUGCCAAGCAUGGGCUUAGCCGUACAGAUUACUAUAUAAUGAAUGACAAUCAGCUGUCAUUUUUAGAUGCCUAUAGGAAUUAUGCCCAACAUAAAAGGAAUAGUGGGGAAAACAUGUGUUACCAUUUCCAGAUGAAUUCCAAGGAGCAUGAGCCAGCUUCUUGUCAUUUGGAAAGGACAUGCGAAUCCACAAAGCUCAGUCCUGAUAAAGAAAUUAAAACAGAAGUUGAAGAGGCUUCUGUUCCAAAUGAAACCUGCAGCCCUCCGGACCUUACUUGUGAAAACUUUAUUUCUCAAGUCGGAGAUAUGAUCUCAAACAACCAUGACGAGUGCUCUAUGUCGGAUUCCCUCAUGUGCAUGAUAUGUGAUGAGAAGACUUGCAAUAGUGCACUGUUAGAUCCUACCAACAGUGCAUUGUUAGAUCCUAGCAACAGUGCACAAAGCGCUCUCACCCAGGAGAGUUUUUUGGGGUUGGAAGCUAAGAAUGAGCCAGCUGAUUAUUCACUGAGCAAGACUAAAGAUGAUAAUAUAUUGCCUGUUGAGGAGCCUGUGUCUAGAGACUGUUUCUUGGGAAGCAGUGAAAAGGAUGAGCCAUUGGAAGACAUAGAUACAAUAAAUGAACCGUUUGGUGAUUCAGGGAGCCAUCUUGGUUUGGUAGCAGAGGACUGUGAGAAAGCACAGGUGGAAGCCAUUGGACAGAGGGACUUAGAUGAUGAUAACUUUUGUACAUCUCUUAGCCAGACCGCUGAACAAUCUUUAGGUCUAGACCUUGAGUUUCUAGAUAAAACGUUUGGUGACCAUUCAACACUGAGCCCCAGUAUCAAUGAGGACAAAGAUUGUGGGUUAGCUGAUGAACAUUCCGAAAGCCCACAUUUAAAUCCAUUACCAAUGCAAGAGAAAGAGGAAUGGGGGGCUGACCUUCAGGAACUAAAAGAGGAUCCUAUUGUGAAAUGGCAAAAUGAGCUAAAUGACAUGAAGGAUCUUCCACUGGAGGACACACUAAAGGACCAGAAGGUAGAAGACCUCUGUAUAGAAAAGGAUAGCUCAACAUCAAAGAGUAGUUACUGCAUCCCUUCUUUGGAAGUCAACGAUUGUGUGGAGAUGAAACACAAAACCAGCCUUAUGCUUUCUGGACUCUUAAAGCAAAAGGUUGAAGACUUGAAAGAGAGAAUUGAGGGAGAAAAUGUUGUGGAAGAAACCAAGGUUCCAUUGGAGAGAAACGAAACAAUCAAGCUUGAGGACGAUGAAGUGAAGAAAGAAGUGAAGAAAGAGAAUGUGGAGGAAGAGUGCAACUGCAAAGAAGACAGCAAGAAUUGCGGCAGGAUGUGGAUGUGGAGGUCAGAAACCACAGAUUAUCUUGAUAAAUACACAGAGGAAGAUGUAAACGCUUGUUCCCUGUCUGUUCUUGAAGAAGCACAUCAGGAUUUUCAAGAUGGCCGUGCUCCAACCAUUGCUCAACUUUUGCAGGAGAAAACACUCUAUUCCUUUUCUGAAUGGCCCAAGGAUCGAGUGAUCAUAAACCGGAUAGACAACAUCUGUCACGCAGUGUUGAAGGGAAAAUGGCCCUCCUCCAGCCAACAGUUUGAAGCCCAGUGUAUGGUGCCGUCCACGGUGCUGAGUACAUGUACAAGAAGCAGCAGCUAUACCGCUUCAGAAGCACAAAAUCUGUCUUACAGCAAUGGUUCUCCUGUGCCUCAUGCCCAGAAAGAGACUUUAUCGGCAACAACUUUUCCAAAUGAGGAAAGGAAGCACAGAAGGCCAUUUGAGUUUGACAGCGAGAGGCCUGAUGGCAAACACAGAGGCAUGGAGCAUCUCAGCCCACCCCAUGGUCGGACUAAUUCCACACUAAACGGCUGGAGAGAUGCUGCCUUAGAGCUGUGCAGGGAGCAGACUGCUGGCGGAGGCUCUUCCUACUCCAUGAACACCUGCACACCCAAGAUGGCUGGCAUCAGUGGGCUACAGAGCUCCUUGGGGAUGGAUUUGUCAGGGAUUCUGCAAGCCGGACUGAUCCAUCCCGUGACUGGACAAAUUGUGAAUGGGAGCUUGAGGAGGGAUGAGUCCUCUUUGCGUAGGAGAAGAGGGAGGAGAAAAAACGUGGAGAGCAUGGAUCUGGGUUUCCUAAAGGACAGGGGCAUGCAUGCUGGAAUUCUGGGACUCAGAGAAAUGCCAAACCAGCAAGGCUCUGGGCACACAGAAAGCUCCAUCCCUGCCUCUACUCGUUCUGCUCUCCCUGGAGCUAAACUUCAGCCAGAGAAAGUAAUCUCCAACAAAAGCCUCCUGGAGUGGCUUCGACAGCAGUCAGAUUGUACUAUUGAUAUCCCAACUUAUGGGGGUAGCUUUUCGGAGAAGCCCAAGCAGAGGAGACAGCGCUGCAAGGACCCCGGCAAACCAGAUUUUAGCUUGCUGGCAGGGGAUGACCGUGUGUCAGCAAUUAACAAGGACACAGGGCAGCAGGGAUAUCUCCCAGAAAGCAAGUUUGGCAGAGCGCUGUCAGAGACGCUUAUGCAUGAUGCCAUGCCCAGGAGGCGAGGCAGGCGGCCUCGAAGUGAACUGCUUAAAUCUGCAGGAUCUGUGGGCCCUGAUUCUCCUUCGGGCAUGGGGCCCCUUUUUAUGAACGGUCUAAUUGCUGGGAUGGAUAUAGUGGGAUUACAGAACAUGAGGAAUAUGCAAGGGAUCCCAUUAACUGGGCUGGUUGGGUUCCCUGCUGGGUUUACUACAGUCUCCACCAACGAGGAAGUUAAAAGCACCUUAAGCAUGUUACCCAUGAUGCUCCCCGGCAUGGCCGCUAUGCCUCAGAUGUUCGGUGUCGGAGGGAUUAUUAACUCUCCCAUCUCAUCAUCGAUGGCAACUUCUUUAGGAAGCACAAUUAAAAGUGGUACCUCACACCCUGAAAAAGCUGAGGACAAAGACGCAUGCCCAGAAACUAAACAAGACGCUGCACCUUCUGAAAACUCUACUGGAUCCUUUCAGGAGAAAUCAGAACCUGCAGUGACUACCAGCAGCCAUGUAGCUUUCAACCCAUUCCUUAUCCCUGGCAUGUCCCCAAGUCUGCUGUACCCUUCCAUGUUUUUGUCGCCUGGAAUUGGCAUGGCCAUACCAGGGGUUCAACCCAACCGGCUUUCAGAGUCAGGUGGCGUUGAUCCUCAGCGGCGAAGGAGGAAGAAGACAAAAGCGGACUCCCAGACUUCCGAACAGGAGACUGUGCCCUUUAAAGAAAGCACAGAAAAAGAGCAACACUCCCCCAGAGCUCAGAACUGUGACACAAAUAAUAUGUCGGCAUCUGAGAAAGACCAGGAGGAUUCUGGUUUAAAAGAUACUCUAGAUGAUACCAAUUAGACAUAUCCACAAUUUGGGACUUGUCGGUUUUCUCUUCCUUUGGAUAUUUCUAGUUCUCUUGGAUCUCUGGGUUGACCAUCCGUAAAUUUGACCUAAACCAACCUCCCCAAUCUCCCCCCCUCCAGUACUCCUACUCACUGAGGCGUGCCUGUAGCAACCAGUCGCUAUAGCAAGACAAUACCACGGUCUGUGACUCAGCCGGGACGCAGAGAAUACAGUUUCAGUUCUAAUGUUUUUUUUCCCCUGUCAUUCCAGCAUAAGGAUGAUACGAAAUAAUGAUUUUUUUUUAAAUAUUUUGUCCAAUUGUGCUUGCUCUCCACCUCAUCAAACCAGGCUGUAAAUGAUUGGUUCAAAGGGGAGUGCAUCCACCUGGUCUUCAAACAACAAUCCCUGAAUCCAAAGACAGGCUGUAAGCAAAAGCAAUAGAACUGUGUACGGUGCUGUCCGUAAAUGACAUGUGACAGAACCUUAAUUAUUGUUGGGUAUUCAACAAAAAUUUGGUUUCGUUCUGUUUAUUUUAUUUUUUUUUUCUCACAAUUCCGGUAUAAAGCAGUGUUAGAAAAGGGUUGUAAUAGUGUUUGCAUUUUGACCAUCACCCACUCAUUUAAAAAAAAAAAAAAAAAAAUUCAUUUCAUUCAGAAACAGAACAUUUUGACUUUAAAAAAAAAAUCAAUUGAUUUUUUUUUUUUUUUUACAGAAAUUGUAAAAAAAAUAAAAAAAUAAUGGAGCCCAUAUAGAUAUAAUUUCAUGCGCCCUAUGAGGGAUAAGAAAGGGACUUAUACACUUUAAUAUUGUCACUGUGAGAGGGCUCAGCAGUGCAUCGCAGUACCCGCAGCAGGGUCCUUUCGCUACAUAAAAUAGAUGUAUAUUUCUUUAAUGAAAAAAAAAAUAGUAUUUUUUUAAUUAAAACAAAAUACAAUAUAUGUAAGCUAGUGGCUGGCAAGCUGGUGCCAUUGACAACAUUGUUGUGCUCCUUUUCAGCCGAUGGUGCUGGGCUUGGGGGCAGAAAAACAAAAAGCGUGACUAUUCCAUUUAGGACAGGGGAUUUCCUAUAUAUUAAAAAAUUCAACUUCAGACGAAAAGUGCAGAGA